AUGACCGGUCGAUGCAUCCUCCAAACAACUCUCCUGCUGUAUUUCUCCACCAUGGCUCUUGCCAUGAGCAACGACUUGCUUCGAUCCCAACUAAGCAGCAGCAGUUUGGAGUGUCAGGAGCUCCUAUUACAGUUGAAUGGAACCACUGAAUAUUGCCUCAAGGACAGGAUAAACUUCGAGAUCCCUGAGGAAAUCGAGAAAUCACGCCAGUUCCAGAAGGAGGACAUCAUAUUGAUCACCCAUGAGAUGUUCCAGAAGAUCUUUGAUAUUUUCAGGAGAGACAUCUCUAGAACAGGAUGGAAUGAGACCACUGUCGAGAACCUUCUUGUGAAGCUCCACGGGCAGAAGGAACAUCUGGAGAUAAUCCUGGAGGACGUCAUAGAGAAGGAAAACUUCACCUGGGACAACAGGACUCUUCUGCACCUGAAGAAAUAUUACUUAAGGAUUGUGCAGUACCUGAAGGCCAAGGAAUACAGCAUCUGUGCCUGGACAAUAGUCCGAGCAGAAAUCUGCAGGAACUUUUUCUUCCUUAAUAUACUUACAGAUUAUCUCCAGAACUGA